GCUCCGUACUUCUUUACGGGACCCUCCUGUUGGAAGGGAAGGGAGGACUCCAGCACCUGGAGAGUUAACCUGCUGCCAAGUAAAUAUAGCUUCGAGGUCGUUGCUUUGAGAUUCGAGACCCGGGAAAAGUCAAGCCAGAGGAUCUUGCAAACACCACGCGCAACUCAGUGCUCCACAGUCCAGCCGGCCCAGCGGGCAACACUGAACCGCACCGAACCUAGCACCACAUUCCCAUUCUCACUCCGACCAGUGGAGCAGGGCACAAUGAAGGGAGAAACUCGAAGAUAUAAUGGUGAAGAGACCAACAAAGAAGAAUUUAUUUUGGUCAAUGGCAGUGAUGAUGACACUCUCUCUCCUCCAAUCCUGGAAGCAGUGGAGAGCCUGGAGGUCAAAGGUCGUAGGGUAAGCCGACGGGGACUGUCGAAAAGGGAACUCUCUCAUAUGAUCACCUUCGAUGAGGACCUGACAGAUGACUCAGAGGUAUCAGAAAUCCCUGUGAUGCCAAAGCUAUACAGAGAAACCAAGAUUCAACCCAAAAGCUCAAAUGUCCAGUCCCAAAGUGAGGAGAGUACCACUGAGUGGGGAAGACGUAGACCUCCCCCACGCCUGGCCUCACGGGCUGAGCAGAACAAGGCCAGCAGGAAAGAAACUGAAGAUAUCAGUUCUGACUUCAAAGAGACUCCUGUGACCAGGAGCAAUAGGCGUCGGUCCACUGGCACCCUGCCCACUGGUAUCCAGUCUUCUCUGAACUCUUCUUGCCUCACCAUUGAUCUCACCGAUGACCUUGGGAGCAACACGACCACCAGGCGUAGUGCUCGAGAAAGACGUCGUCAUUCUCUGGGUUCCCCAAGUGUGCUUUUAGAGAGCCCUAAUCAGAUGGAAUACCAGGAUGGAAAAGAGUUUCACACUGGUGAACUUGUCUGGGGAAAGAUUAAAGGUUUUUCCUGGUGGCCUGCUAUUGUGGUUUCCUGGAAAUCUAACACAAAGCGCCAGGCCGUCCCUGGCAUGAGAUGGGUACAGUGGUUUGGCGAUGGCAAAUACUCUGAGGUCCCCUCAGACAAGUUAGUGAGCCUUGCAUUAUUUAGCCAACACUUUAAUUUACCUACAUUUAACAAGCUGGUAUCUUACAGAAAGGCUUUAUUCCAAGCCCUGGAGAUGGCCAAGAGCAGGGCUGGCAAGACCUUGCCAGCCAUUCCUGGUGCCCCAUGGGAUGAAAAACUCAAGCCCUUGUUAGAGUGGGCUCAUGGAGGCUUCCAGCCAAUGGGAGAAGAGGGACUCAAACCAAAAAAGAAAUCAGAGAGACAUAUCAUUCCAGAACCCAAACAGAGAAGAAGGACUCUGGAGGAAGCUGCUGUCCAAGAUAGCAUUCCUCCUCCUCCUAAACGCCUGAGAACCAGCUGCAUGAAUAACAACAAGGAGCGGGUAGAGGAAGAGCAAAGCAGAGAAAAAAUGGUUUCUGACAUCAUGAACAACAAAAGCAACCCUGAUGAUAACUGCAUAGCUUGUGGAAGAAAAAACCCACUCUCCUUUCAUCCUCUCUUUGAGGGGGGCCUCUGUCAUACAUGUAAAGAUAGAUUUCUAGAGCUGUUCUAUAUGUACGAUGAUGAUGGAUAUCAAUCAUAUUGUACUGUGUGCUGUGAGGGACGGGAGCUCUUGCUAUGUAGCAAUUCAAGCUGUUGCCGGUGUUUUUGUGUCGAAUGCCUGGAUGUGCUGGUUGGGGCAGGGACAUCAGCCAGUGCCAAAGCACAAGAGCCCUGGAGUUGUUACAUGUGCCAGCCUCAGCGGUGCUAUGGGGUCUUACAGCGUCGGAAGGACUGGAACAUUCGCCUUCAGGAAUUUUUCACCAAUGACAAAGCUCAGGAAUAUGCAGUUCCAAAACUGUAUCCAGCAGUACCUGCAUCAAGGAGACGACCAAUCAGGGUUCUGUCCCUUUUUGAUGGUAUAGCUACAGGCUACUUAGUGCUAAAAGAUUUGGGUAUCAAGGUAGACAAGUACAUUGCUUCAGAGAUCUGUGAAGAUUCCAUUGCUGUUGGGACAGUCAAGCAUGGAGGGAUCAUCAAAUACGUUCAUGAUGUCAGGAACAUCACAAAGCGUCAGAUUGAUGAAUGGGGACCUUUCGAUUUGCUUAUUGGUGGAAGUCCAUGCAAUGAUCUUUCAAAUGUGAAUCCUGCCAGAAAGGGCCUGUAUGAAGGCACGGGAAGGCUCUUCUUUGAAUUCUACCAUUUACUCAAUUACACUCGCCCCAAAGAGGGAGAUGAGCGCCCUUUCUUCUGGAUGUUUGAGAAUGUUGUGGCCAUGAGAGUCAAUGACAAAAGGGACAUCUCAAGGUUUUUGGAGUGUAACCCAGUAAUGAUUGAUGCCAUCAAAGUCUCAGCUGCACACCGGGCCCGCUAUUACUGGGGUAACCUGCCUGGGAUGAACAGGCCGGUGAUAGCAUCAAAGACCGAUAAACUCGAGCUUCAGGACUGCCUGGAGUACAAUAGGAUAGCGAAGUUAAAGAAAGUACAGACAAUAACAACUAAGUCGAACUCGAUCAAACAGGGGAAAAAUCAGCAAUUCCCUGUUAUCAUGAAUGGCAAAGAAGAUAUAUUAUGGUGCACAGAGCUAGAAAGAAUUUUUGGCUUUCCUGUCCAUUACACCGACGUGUCAAACAUGGGUCGAGGUGCUCGCCAGAAGUUGCUGGGCAGAUCCUGGAGCGUCCCUGUUAUCCGGCAUCUUUUUGCCCCACUGAAGGACUACUUUGCUUGUGAAUAACACAUGGGCUGGAGCUGACAGGUGGAAGGGGAUUUUGGCCAUUGGAGGAGGGUAACACUGGGGAAGAACCAUGACCAGGGAUGGCAGAACUUGUGGGUUCUUCUCCCCCUCUCAACUUCCCCUCCCAAGUUCUAGUCUCUGCUAUUCUUCGAUUUUGUUGCUGUGAUGAAUAAGGUCAGAAUAAGACCUAAACCAUCAGUCAUUACAUGUACCUCAGACUUUUCCCUAUUUUCUCAGUGGGACUCUUGUUUUUGAGGCACACUUCUUCAGAAGACCUGUGCAAACUAUUUCUCUGAAGCCUACAGACAAGUCCUACCACUUGAUUGUGGCCACUGGGAGGGGCAAGAUUGGUGCUUCUUUUUUUUUUUUUAAACUACACUUGAAAUAGAGAUUUUUAGUGUUUGUUUUUGUUUUUUCUCCCCUCACAAAAUGAUGGCUAAAGUUUGUAGAAAUAAGGUAUCAAACUUUGUUAGGUCAUAUUCUGAAGCAAUGAGACAGCACAAGUGUCGAGAUUGUCAUAAAAAAUUUUUUUUGGUUUAUUGCUCCUUGUUCAGUGAAAUACAAUCCUGAUGGGAAAGAUACAAAUGUAGCUGAAUGAAACUACUGACAGACUUACUUAUAUACAGAUGUAACUGAAAGAAACUGAGCAGCAUAUGAUGGUUUUUCUAGUCAUUAGUAACAAUAGUUUGUAUGUUCUCCUUUAGUCCAAUAUUUUCUACUUCAUUAAAAUAAAAAAAGAAAAAGAAUAAAAACUCCCUCACUCUAAAAAUUAAAAUAAAAAUCAAGAACAAAUGAUUUUGGAAAGCUUGGGUGUGCAAGUCAAUGCCCGUGUAACACCUCCAGGCAUUUUGGAAGGUGAUGAAUCCAGCAGGGCUGGUUUCAACACAUUUCCAGUGCAUUUAAGAAAAAUCGUUGACACAAACUAAACUCAAAUUAUUUAUUGUCCUGCUACUACUUGCAAGAUAGCCUAAAGGGGGAAGAUAGUGGGGCUGGAAUACUAAAUAGACACAUUCAUUCUUUGUCAGGAUUUUGGGUACCUUUUCUCCCCUGAGAUAUUGCAGUCAAAGGCCCAAGACUGAACAGGCAGCUAAAUGAAUAUGUGCCUUGAAGUGUGUGUUAUGGCUGUCUAGGCUACUAACCUCUCCAUCACUUCAGCUCUCACCAUUCCUUCUCCCAAAAUGUGGUGGAGGAAGAAAAAGUCCUUAUCUUCUCCUUACUCAGGUGGCACUUUGCUUAGUAACUGCUAGGUGCAUUGUUUGUGGUUUCAGAGGUUGAUUGCAUGAUAAUCCCACGCUUUUGUAUUGCAUCACCUUCCUCUGGACAGUGGUCAUGUUUAGGGUUCAAAUGCACAUUUUUUGUUUUUGUUUUUCAUCUAAAAGAUGGAAAGUCUAUAAUAACCCUGAGGCUUCCUCCAGAAAAUUUUUAUCUGCUGUGACACCUGUCUUUUAAUUCCGUGUAGGAACAUUUUUAAGGGGAGGAAGCAAUUGGGGAAGCAGCAUUUCAGAAAUGCUAUUGUAAUGGUUUUAAGGCCUUUUACUGGUGCUAUUUUGUAGAAUAAGGACAUUACUGUUGACAGUUUUUCUAUCCUUUUUUUAUGUUUGUGUUUCAUAAUUUUUUUGUAACAGUAGCCAAAUAACAAAUGAAAAACUGCCUUGUUUAAAGUUUUCCCAGUUUUUAGAAUGGAAAUUGAUGAAUGCCUAGA